AUGGGUUCGGCAUCAGAAGACGAAGAGGAUGAUGACAAUAGCACAGCAUCGUCAGUAUUAAAACACCACCCCCUCCAUGGCUCCCUCCCCCCUGCACCUGGAGAAACCAACAACAACUCCCUCCCGCAUUCAGAUAUCAGCAGUUCGAUAGGACAGGACUCGAAAACGGGUCAGGACGAUUCCGAGGACCAAAACUCGCUGGACGGCGACCCGGAAACGCGGGACUCCCAGACGGAAAACAAAAGUCCGGAUGACAGCAGUGCGGGGUCGAAACGUCGAGGGCCCAGGACGACGAUCAAAGCGAAACAACUGGAGAUUCUGAAGACGGCGUUCAGUCAAACGCCGAAACCUACGAGACAUAUCAGGGAGCAGCUCGCGAAAGAAACGGGAUUGCCGAUGAGGGUCAUACAAGUAGUGUGGUUCCAAAACAAACGCAGCAAAGAGCGGCGACUGAAACAGCUAACGUCGAUGGGUAGGGGUCCCUUCUUCGGUGGUUCCCGAAAAAUGCGCGGCUUCCCCAUGAACCUGUCUCCGGGUGGACUGGAAGACGGUCCUCCGGGAUUCCCGUACUUUGCCGCUGACGGAAAGUUCGAGUUCGGAUACGGGGGACCCCCUCCACCGUUCCAUCCGCACGACGGGCCCUUCUUCGGGGGACACCAUCCUGGUGGGGGACCUCCUGGACAAGGGAUGCCUUUCGGACAAGCAGGCGGACCGAUGGACCAUCCAGGCGCGCAGAUGGGCGGCAUGGGAGGCGACUUCGGCCCCAACGGCCCGAACGGACCUGGAGGCGGACCGGGGGGCAUGCCAGGCGGCGACGGAGGCCAAUUCAUGGGCGGCGCCGGCGACAUGAUGCCCCCCGGGGGCGGACCUAACAACGGAGGCGCGGGCAACGGGCGAGGGGGCAGCCCGGAGUUCAUGGCGGCGGCAGCAGCGGCGGCGGCGGCGGCGGGGGGAUUCACAGACAACCCUCAGCAACUCAACGAGGGUCUGGUCUGGUAGCUGGCAAAGGCUCUGGCCAAACGAGCCAGAGACAACUGAGCAGAGUGUAUAUAGUGUAGAUGGGGGAGAGGAUGUUUUGCUUGAUUUGGUUUUGAUGGAAGGCCGUUAAGGAACAGGAUGAGAUUUGGAAAAUGUGAGUCCUAGGUCAUUUUUUCAUCCAAAAGGUCAAUACAAAUGCGUAGAAUUUCUAGGAAGAGGGAGAGGUAGAAAAAACAUUCUGAAGUAUAAUUUAAAAUAAAUGUCUUCAAAUUUCAAAUUAAAAUUUAUUGGUGCCAAUUUACAUAUGUACAGGUCAAAGAUGCAAAGGUCAAAUCUGACUUAAAAUCAAAAUAAAAUAAUAAAAAAGCGGCAGAGACUAAGACAUCAAACAACAAUAUGAAAGUUUUAAAAUGUAUGCUUCAUCUAGAGAGCGUACAGUAAAGGAGAGAGUGGUUUCGUCUGCAAAAAGGACGAAAACAGCAACUACGCCCAAGGCAAGCCGUUAAUGUGGAACAGGAAUAAUAUAGGUCCCAAUACUGAGCCCUGUGGAACUCCGACGAACAUUUCCCUUUCCUGAGACUCCACUUCUUGCACCCUGACUGCCUGGGUUCUAUUUGCCAGAUACGAUGCGAAGAAAUAUCAAUAUAGGUGGAAAAGAUCGCAGUUUUUAAUUACAGUCAAGUUUAAGUCUAAAAUUUCUUUGAAUAUACCGCAUAUUCCGUACUCACUACAUGUACCAAAUAUUUCCCUUUUGGCUUCGUAAAUAGAACUUUAGUGUUCUGUAUACAUAUAUCUUGUCAACAUGAGACGAUUUAGAAUAUUGACUUAUUAUCGUAUACUCAUAAAAUCAUUAAAACAUGUACCAAAUGGAUUGAAGCCCAUCAUUCAUAUCCAUACGAACUGUAUCUCUCAGCAGACAUCAAAAUCGUUAUAGCAGUUACUGAGAUCGCGCAGUGACAAAAGCAAUCAACACCUUGAGAGCAAGUCCGUCCAAACUACAUUACAACCAGUAUCAUCAGUAGCAAGAUAUUCGACACCUCUAUCCCUCUCUAGUUAGGUGUUUAUUGCCAUUUUACCUCUAUUUUAAUAUCACUGUUCUUUCAGGCGAAGCUAUACAUCAAAACUAUUUCAACCAAACGUUAUCAUUGUUUUAUCAAAGAAAUUCGUGCAUAGUUAAGUCGUGCAAGUGACUAUUAUGAAUGAAAUUCUUGCACCUAGAGAAAUAUAAAGAUACUGUACACAUGAUUCGCUAUUUGAUUUCAUCGAAAAUGUAAAAUAAUUGUAAUUUUUGGCAUAAAUUUAUAGUAUGGUUUCUCUUAGUGUAUAUCAGACAUCUGUGCAAUCGGUAUAGUUAUUCUUUUCGUACCCUGUAUAUAUUGCUUCAAGUGGCAUUUUUCUGUACACAUCGUAACAUGUAAAUAUCACUAAAUUGUCAUGUUUUAUUUAUAUCCAAACAGCACAAUUCUACUCACUGUACAUUGAAAGAUUACUAAGUGCCAAGCUAUGCUGCGACAAAUAUCAAUUUAUCUGCCGAUGUGGGCCACAAGGAUACGGUCCGGGGCCACUAGGGUGGAAAGAUUAGCUCGAAACCUUUUUUAUUUAUAUAUCAAUGUACUAUAGUCCUUUUAACAAAUAAAUAGAUAUCUGCAAAUUGCUACCAAAAAAAAAUGUAUGGUUUCAUCACUUUUUUGUUAAUCACAGCCAUUUUCUUGCCGUUAUUUGUUAAAAGUUGACAUGAAACGGAUUUUACUUGUAUGAAGAACUUGUAAGUUGUAUGCUUGUAUAUAUCGAAACAAUACACUGUUCUGUCCAAUGUGUUUUCGUUUUCUCAAAAAUUCUCACCAUGUGCCCGUCUGGAAUGUACAGAAAGUAAAAAUGGAACGAGCUGGUGAUAGUUUUUGACAAAAAUUGGAUCAAAAUAUGCCUAGUUCUCGUACAAACUAUUUGUACAAAAACUACUAUAUCGCUGUAAAAAACCAUCCAAGAUACAUAUUAGUGUAUAUUGUUAAUACUAGGUGUCUAAUUAAUAAAUCACAUUCUAUAAAAGUA